AUGUGUGACGACGAGGUUGCCGCUCUUGUAGUUGACAAUGGUUCCGGAAUGUGCAAGGCCGGAUUUGCCGGUGAUGAUGCCCCUCGUGCCGUGUUCCCUUCCAUCGUAGGUCGUCCUCGUCAUCAGGGUGUGAUGGUCGGUAUGGGUCAGAAGGACAGCUACGUGGGUGAUGAGGCCCAAAGCAAACGUGGUAUCCUGACUCUGAAAUACCCCAUCGAACACGGUAUUGUCACAAACUGGGACGACAUGGAAAAGAUCUGGCACCAUACUUUUUACAAUGAGCUUCGUGUGGCCCCUGAGGAGCACCCUGUUCUUUUAACAGAAGCACCCCUUAACCCCAAGGCCAACAGAGAAAAAAUGACCCAAAUCAUGUUUGAAACCUUCAACACGCCCGCUAUGUACGUAGCUAUUCAAGCUGUGUUGUCCCUCUACGCUUCCGGUCGUACUACCGGUAUUGUGCUGGACAGCGGAGACGGUGUUUCCCACACUGUUCCCAUCUAUGAAGGUUAUGCCCUUCCUCAUGCCAUCCUCCGAUUGGACUUGGCUGGCCGUGACCUCACUGAUUAUUUGAUGAAGAUCUUGACAGAGCGUGGCUACAGCUUCACCACCACGGCUGAGCGAGAAAUCGUUCGUGACAUCAAGGAGAAGCUCUGCUAUGUCGCUUUGGACUUCGACCAGGAAAUGGCCACUGCUGCUUCUUCCUCGUCCCUCGAGAAGUCCUAUGAGUUACCUGAUGGCCAGGUAAUCACCAUUGGUAAUGAGAGAUUCCGUUGCCCUGAGGCCCUUUUCCAGCCAUCUUUCUUGGGUAUGGAAUCUUCUGGUAUCCAUGAGACCACCUACAACUCAAUCAUGAAGUGCGACAUUGACAUCCGUAAGGACCUGUACGCCAACACCGUUCUGUCUGGUGGCACCACCAUGUACCCAGGUAUCGCUGAUAGGAUGCAGAAAGAAAUCACCGCUCUUGCUCCUAGCACAAUGAAGAUCAAGAUCAUUGCUCCCCCUGAGAGGAAGUACUCUGUUUGGAUCGGUGGAUCUAUCUUGGCUUCUCUGUCCACCUUCCAACAGAUGUGGAUCUCCAAACAAGAGUACGAUGAAUCUGGCCCUAGCAUUGUCCACCGCAAAUGCUUCUAAACUUUGUGUAUUUUGUAGUCACGUGAUUGUCGCUUCUUUCGUAUUUAUGUUGAUUCCCCUUUGCUUCCGCGUGGAUACUUCCCUCCGAAUGACCCAGACUGGUUUAGAAACCCUGGAUCAGGGAUUUUGCCAGCCAAUCAGAGACUCGGGAACUGUAGGCCAAAGAAUCUCAACUUUUCAUAACUGCCCACUGAUCAUGUAGCUCAGCAAUCGUAUUUAUUAACAUCAGAAGUUCGAUCAUUUCAAAUAUUUCAUAUUUUUCUGUAAAAUAAAAUAUUUAAUAAAAAUUUGGGGAAGACA